AGAGGAGGCUUUUUUGAUGGCUUCCCUUUUCUAGGGUUUUCUACUUUCUCUCUUCGAAGUUUCUUUUCUGCCAUGGAAGCACUUUCGAGUUCAGUUUUCUCAUCUAGGUUCACAGAGACUUACCCAGCGGUUCAUUCGAUCAAAUACUCGAUUAGGCGAAGUGGGUUUCUGAAAAUCUAUGAAACUACGGAAACUAGACGGUUUUCUGGUUUGGAUUUGAGUACGGAGAGGGUAUGGCCUUGUGGGCUUCAAGUUCGAGCCCUUGCCCGUGAGAUUUCAGAUGCAGGCGGCGAGGAAGAAACGUCAGAAGGUGGGCCUGGUUUGGUUCCCGUGCAGGGUUCUUCGUGUUUGGAGGGUAACUCAAUCCACAGUGGAAAUAAUGAAAAGGCUUUGGAUGAAAACUCAAGUAUGGCAUCACCUCAAAUGGUUUCAGGUGGAAGUGGAACUGGUGGGGGUACAAGGGCAGGGCUUUUCAGAACACCAAUUUCUGGUGGUGUGCAGAGUGCAACCUCUGCUCAUGAUCUACCUCGACCAGCGUUGGCCGUUCGCAAUCUGAUGGAGCAGGCCAGAUUUGCCCAUUUGUGCACGGUAAUGUCCCGGAUGCACCACCGUCGGGAGGGAUACCCAUUUGGUUCGUUAGUAGAUUUUGCACCCGACUCAAUGGGCCACCCAAUCUUUUCAUUUUCACCGUUGGCUAUCCAUACAAGGAAUCUUUUGGCAGAUCCAAGGUGCACACUUGUUGUGCAGAUUCCCGGAUGGAGUGGACUAUCAAAUGCAAGGGUAACAAUUUUUGGUGAUGUCUUUCCUCUUCCUGAUCAUCAACAGGAAUGGGCUCAUAAACAGUACAUAGCAAAACAUCAACAGGGAGCUUCACAGCAAUGGGGAAACUUCUACUACUUCAGGAUGCAAAGCAUAAGUGACAUAUAUUUCAUCGGAGGUUUUGGCACUGUUGCUUGGGUAGAUGUCAAGGAAUAUGAGACCCUCAAACCUGAUAAGAUUGCGGCUGAUGGAGGAGAGCAAAAUCUAAAGGAACUCAAUGCAAUGUUCUCAAAGCCACUUAGAGAGCUUUUAUCCACGGAAAUUGAAGUUGAUGAUGCAGCUUUCAUAUCAGUAGACAGCAAGGGCACAGAUAUUCGGGUCCGACAAGGAGCACAGUUCAACAUUCAGAGGAUUUCUUUUGAAGAGGGGCAUGCUGUGGAAACAUUGGAAGAAGCCAAGGCAGCUCUUCACAAACUAAUAAGCAAAGGUUGCAGGAUAAGUUUACAUAGCAAAUCUUAAACCAUUCAUAGAUCAUGCUGCUUUUUCCCUCCUAAUGGUACAGUGCGAUGAAAAGAUUUUAUUCCAGGAAUUGGGAGCAAUCAGAAAAGCCACACUACUGAGUUGUGAAAACCCAUGAGCUGAAAUUCUCAGAUUGGGUCUCCUGUGCACAUGCACUGAUACAAGUAUCCAUGCUGUUUGUUUUUUUGUCUUCAGAUUGUAAUUUUGAAGCGUGUUUAUGUAUUUAUAUGCAGCCUGAUAUAUGCUUUAUUUAUGUUUUAUGG